AUGGCUUGUGCAUUUCUUACAGGACAUUCGCUUUUGGAAGAAGUGGUGUCUUGUGUGCAUUACCGCUUCCUGCUUUGCCUGGACGAAGCCGCGCUGAGCACUGUGGGAUCAUGUUGUCGAUGGUUGCGGGAUACAUCGGCAGAAGAGAGGUUAUGGCAACGGCUGGCAAUAUCCCAAAAUCGGCUUGCUGCAGCACGGUUUUUGGGGGCCUUCAGCCCUGAAGCUCGCGAAGUUGCGACGGAUGAUGUCCGACCUGGCAUGGCGGUCCGCCGAUUCACGCCAGGUACAUCAACGCCGGAGCCAGAAUUGGUCAACUGGCGGGACAUGUGUCGUCAACUGAACAUGUCCAUGGCCGAAACGCCAUGGGAACAGGAAUCGCACGAAGAUGCUUGCAGCGCAGCUUUGUGGACCGAGCUGUCCGAUGACGCACCAUCACCAUCCAUGGCUUCACCCACCACAACUGCAUCCAACAACGUCAUGUUGGCAUCGCAGUCGCCACUCUUGUUCUGGAUAGGUGGUGAUCGGAUGAUGGGACUUUCUGGCGGCUAUUCGCCUGACGUAGUCGGCGGUGCUUCAAUUCACCCUUUGCGGGAGGUAUAUUUGCUGGAAUUACCUGAUGUAUCUGGUCGUGGAAAUCGGCCGACGCGGCCCGACCUUUUAGUGCAAAAGUUGGAUUGUGGGACAGCCCAAGGCAGGCUCCCCCAUGGCCACCCAUCUAUGAAUGGAGUAGCGGCUGAUUUCGAUCCACAUCGACGGACAAUUUUCUUCUUUGGAGGGGGAGCUCCCCAUGCAGAUGUCACCAAUGUAACAUCCGCGUUGCGAUUGGACGGUUGGGACAGUGAUGAUUCCGAAAGGCCAAGGGCAGCUUGGCAACUUAUCGCUUCGCCUGGAUCAGUGGAAUCCGGUCAAAUUCCAAGCGCCCGCCAGGGCUUGAAAGGAACGGUUUUCAACGACGAGUUCGUCAUAUUUGGAGGUCGUUUCGCAGGUGGACGGUGUACAAACGAAGUUUGGUCGCUGGACCUUACAUCCGACCCAGGGGCCAACGGCUCAGCAAUGUUGGCAUGGAGGCAGCUGGAAUGCGACGGUCAGAGUCCUUCUCCUCGAGUUUGGCAUGGAGCUUGUCAGCUGGUCCAUGGUCAAUGGUUCAUCUAUGGUGGAAGCACCUGGCAGUUUGAGGAACCAGAUCAGCCGCACGACUUCCGGACCCUUUUCAUCUUGCACCUGGCAGAGAGGCGCUGGUCUUCAGUGCGUGCUUCCGGUCCUGAACCGCCUUGGGCCGUUUCUGCCGCCCUGGUUCCGCUUGGCUGCUGCCAGCUCUUGUUAUUGGGCGGGACCUUGCCACAUAUGUUGGGGAGCCAGGGCCUGAAUGCCCACAGCUUGCGCCAGUGGCGCACUUGGUACAACCGUCUAGAUGAGCCCUAUGUCUUCGACCUCCGCGCAAAGACGUGGAGCCAACGUUAUGCUGCUAUUGCGGGAACUUCCCAAGACCGGGAACAGCAUGUGGCAGAGGUGUACCUGCGCAGCCAUUUUUCUGCAUGCUUCGUUCCACAUCGCCGCUCUGUGAUCGUGUUCGGUGGCUCUCGCUACUUCACAGGCGAGUACUUCAACGACCUGCUAGAACUGCAGCUUCCGUCAUGCAGACACAGGCAACGAUCAGCAGUGCUAGGCGAAGGUCGGCGGCAGGAGUCGCGGCAUCCUUUGUGUGGGCCGUUUCAGGCGCCAGCCGCGCUUCCGCGGCACCUGCAAGUCGCCGACGGUCGUGAGGCCAGCUUGACACGUGGCUUCCUCGGGCGGCUUCGCGGAAUGCUUCAAGAUGGCAUUAUCAACCAGGAGCAGUUUGACAUGAUGCGCUCCCCAACGUGA